AUGUCGGCUACGAGAUAUAUAUGGCUACUGUCACUGCUGACUAUCACUGUCAACGCUUCCGUUAUUCAGAGCAGAAACAACCCUCAAUACGCAGGCUUUCAAUUCGCCUCAGACAGAAAGCUAUCGGUUACCGUCUUCAGUGAUCUUCACUUUGGUGAGCCUGAUUCCCUGCGCGGUCGUCCCUAUGCAGACCUCAAGACGAUUGGUGUCAUCAACUCCGUUCUUGACAAUGAGCAGCCUGAUUUUGUCGUUCUCAAUGGCGACCUGGUGUCUUGCGAAUGGGUUGGUCCUGGCAACGCAAACACGCUGAUCGACCAGAUCAUGGCUCCACUUGUCAGCCGCAACCUGCCUUUCGGUGCGACAUUCGGUAACCAUGAUGCAUCCAAGACCUGCAGUACUAGAGACAUGUCCGAACACAUGUGGUGGGACGUCAAGGGUCGGAACGGCAAGAAGCUGUCUUUCACAACGCAGUCGGUGGCUGGCGAAGUCGAUCAAGUCGGCUGGAGCAACUACUUCGUUCCUGUUUACAGCUCCGAUAAUGCUUCUGAGCUGAAGAUGCUCAUGUGGUUUUUCGAUAGCAAGGGCGGUCGCAAGUAUCAACCAACUGGUGACGAUAUCGGCGUUCCCAACUGGGUUGACAAAAAGGUCGUCGAAUGGUUUCGCAAUACCAACAACGCGUUUACCCAGCAAUACGGCCGCGCGAUCCCCAGUAUGGCCUUUGUGCAUAUUCCGAUUCGUGCAACGAGAUCUUUUCAACAGAACAGUCGUGACCGGAAGACAAGUCCAGGCCUUAAUGAAGAGAACAUAGGACACCAGGGCGACGUUUGCGACAGCACUGGAAACAACUGUAAGUACGGCGGCGCCGACAUCCCGUUUAUGACGGCGCUCGUCGAGACUGAGGGACUCAUGACCGUCUUCUCUGGUCACGACCACGGUGUAGACUGGUGCAUGAAAUGGGCCAAAGAUCUCCCGGAUACAUCUCCUAAGAAUGGUAAUGGGCUAAAUAUCUGCUUCAAUCGCCACUCGGGUUACGGCGGCUACACCGAUUGGACACGCGGUGCGCGCCAGAUCGUUGUCAAAGAGGACAUGUUGGACGCGAGGGUCGUGGAUACUUGGAUCCGCAUGGAGAACGGAAAGAUCUCAGGACAGGUGUCACUCAACGCUACUUUCGGUGCAGACCAGUACCCGAUGGUGGACAAGUCAAAGACCUCGUAG